AUGUUCACUCUCCGUCAAUCGUUAGCUGCUCUUGCAGCUGUUGCUGUUGCUCCAUUUGCCUCUGCCGUUCCCAUCACCACAGUCUCGCGUAUUGGUGCUUCGUCAAAUGGCAUGGAUAUCUUGGACUUGCAAGUUCAUGCGGCAAUGUCGCAGCAGAACUUGUCGGACAACACAACCAUGAUCUUUGUGGUGGACACGCACACUUCCAAGAUUACCUGCCGUGGUUCAUGGGCACCCGAAGGACCCUUUCCCGAAGGCGAAUACAUCCCCUGUGGGAACACCACUCUGGGCUGGAACCUCAAGCAAGACACUUUCAAGGGCAUGAACGACUUUGUCCUGCAAAUGGAAUACACCUACACCGAUGACUCUGUCGGCCCCUACCCCUACAACAGAGUCACCGAGUUCAGCCACGCAAACAUUACUUCAGACGUCCUCGACUGCUCAGUGCAAACACAGACCUGCAAACAAUGCGAUCACAACAUCACCGCCAUUGUGUAUGCCGAAAUCGCCUAA